AUGUCAGGCACCUCAGAUAGCGAGAAACCCUUCCAAGUCGCGGUCUCCGACGAGGACAUCGAGUCCCUCCAGCGAAGGCUCGACCUUGCGCGUCUCCCAGACCAGCUAGAGGGCGCAAGAUGGGACUAUGGUGUUCCUCUUGCCGACAUCAAGAGGCUGAUCGCGCACUGGAAGGCCGGCUUCGACUGGCGAAAGGUCGAGGCCGAGAUCAACAUGCUCCCGAUGUUCACGCGCGACAUCGAGGUCGAAGGCUUCGGCACGCUGAAUGUGCACUAUGUGCAUCAAAGGAGCGAAGUCAAGAGCGCGAUUCCGCUAUUAUUUGUUCAUGGCUGGCCCGGUCACUUUAUCGAGGUAAGGAGAAUUCUCCCUCUCCUGACAUCGGUGGGGGACGGCCAUCCCAGCUUCCACGUCGUCGCUCCUAGCUUGCCCGGUUUUGGUUUCUCUGAGGCUCCGCGCAAGACGGGUUUCAAGGGACCACAGUACGCUCAGUUGCUGAACAAGCUCAUGCUGGCACUCGGAUACAAUGAGUAUGUCUAUCAAGGAGGAGACUGGGGGCACAUCCUGGGAACUCAUGCUGUGAAGCUCCACGGGCACAAGCACGUCAAAGCGUGGCACACGAACAUGGCUUUCGCCAACCCCCCAACGUUCACGCGAUUCCCGUUCCUGUACAUCCGGUCCCUCUUGACCUUGCCCUUCGACACUGCUGCAAAGGACAGGCUCGCCGUGUUGGCUCGCUUCUUCAACACCGAGAGUGCCUACAUGACGCAACACUCGACUCGUCCUCAAACCUUAGGAUACUCGCUUGCCGACUCCCCUGUUGGGCUGCUCGCCUGGAUAUACGAGAAGCUUGUGGCUUGGACAGACAAGUAUCCCUGGAAGGAAGACGAAGUGCUCGAAUGGGUCUCCAUCUACUGGUUCUCACGAGCCGGGCCAGCCGCUUCGGUCCGCAUUUACUACGAGAUGAGUGAUGGUGGCACGAAAAACAUCACCGACGACCCGGGCUGGGUAUCUGUGCCGGUCGGGGUGUCCUACUUCCCCGCGGAGAUCGUUCAUGUUCCUAAAUCCUGGUCGCAAACCCUUGGCAAAUUGGUGUUCGAGUCUGAGCAUGACGCAGGUGGUCACUUCGCAGCAUUUGAGGUGCCACAUCGGCUUGCAGGAGACCUGCGAAGGAUGUAUGGGAAGGGUGGACCCGCGCAUGGCGUUGUUCCGGGCAAGAGUGGCUACGAUGCCUAG